CCCGCACACACGUGUGUUAGUUUUAAACUGUAUACGAUAUUGGUAAAAAAGCUAACGUUAGACACAAAAUCAUUGUUAUUGUCAUCAAAAUAAUAGAUCCCAGUCACGUGCGAGAAUUUUCUGUUUUGUCAAAAGUCCAAGUCUGGUGUUGGUCCACACGCCCUGACUUUCAUAAUAAUUUACAGGAGCGGGAAGGGUGCGAGCCAAUCAGAACACAGUUUUCACUCUCUCCCAACGCUUGGACGGUGUAAGUGUGUCGGUUUAUUAUAUGUCAUUUCUGAAAAGAUAAUAUAAAAAGCCCUUUCAUCAUGGCAAGCACAAGCAGAGAUAGAGGCAGAGGGCGUAAGUAUUUAAAUGGCAACCAGAAGCGAGCACUGGCAAAGGCAAAGGUGCUUGAAAAUGAAAAACAUCGAGGUGCUAUCAAAAAAUUUCUUGUCACUCCACCUUUGAAACGCCCAUGUAUUGAAGAUGAAGAAGACAAAAACGAUUCAGAAAAUGACAAUACAGCCAUUAGUCCAAUUACAGUUGAUGAAUACAAUGAAGAAAUUGAUAUUCAGUUUGAAAAAGUUCAAGUUGACACACAGACACAGUUGAAUCAAACUGAAGACGAUCUUAAUACAACAGAAGACAGUGCCAAAGUGAGAAGUCCACUUAUAGCUAAAGAAGAGUCAGAAGGCCAAGCCCAAACAUCAAACAGUGAUGGAUCAUCCACAAGUACAGUUGUAAUUAACAUUAAUGAUGACCCGGCAAGUUGGCCAUCGAAUAUAAAUAGAAAUAUGAGAGAUUAUUUAACAAUGAAAGGGCCUCCUGAUAUUCCAGUGAACAAGUUUCCACGAAAUGAAAAGGGAUUGUGUUUUUCUAAGUUUCACUGUAAGAGAAAACUUCCAAAUGGGGAGUAUGUUGAUAGACCUUGGAUUAUUUAUUCUCAGUCUGCUGAUAGAAUUUAUUGCUUUUAUUGUAAGCUUUUUAGUAUGAACAAAACCAGUGCAUAAUCAGCA